AUGUUCAAAUUAAAAGAGGAGUUUGAGGUGAGUCCUGGGCUAACAGUCGGACUCGAGGAACAGUCCAUUGCUCUACUCCGUCUACCCCGAACGUGGUUUGCAUGGGCGAAAAACCCAAUACCAAGUGCGGAUAAACUCAGAGGUACGGUUUAUGACGACGUUAAGGAGGUGGCCGCCUGGGGCUGCAACGAGUAUUAUUACACCCACACGGUGUACUGGAACUCUGACAGAAGUAAGAAGUCCAGGUCACAGCACGGGGAACUAAGUUACCACACUACUCACCACAUCUAUGGAAUUCGAGAGAAAGUAGCCACGGUGACGGCGUUUGGCACGAUAGGCAUGGCGCUAGUAGCCCUUGAGAGGGGUGAUCUGUAAUGUUAAUGCGAGUUGAUCAUCACGUUCCAAACGAGCUACAUUUGAUGACGUUUAUGUACUUGAAUAGCGAAUGCGAGCACUUGAACAUGGUGCGGAUGAGCUUGAAAAUGUAUGAUAAGAUGAAUUUGAGGCUUUUCUGGCCGGCGCCUGGUUGGUCAAGAUAUGCAUC